UGUUGGCAUCUGCAGGAUUUCUGGACAAGCUCCAUGCACAUGGGGAUCAAUAGGAUACCCUAACUGAACAUACUUAGAGAUUACUUAUCCAGAGAUUGGUGGGUGAGAUUCUAUGGCCUGUGUGAUGCAGGAGGUCAGAUGAGAUUAUCAUAAUGGCCUUAAAAUCUAGAACCUUAAUUGCUGUGAUGGAAUAAAUGGAGAGAAGUCAUCUUUCAAGUAUGUGGCUUCAGAAAAUAUAAUGCAUGCCUUUAAUUGCAACGAGCACUGAAGGCAGUCUGUACAAAUAUCAGACAGUAGACUGUUGUUAUAGCCUUUCACCUCUAUUUCUGGUGGCCCAUCCUUUUUUGCUGUUUCUUUGCUAAACAGCCUAGAGACAGGAUCUGCCUUUACAGAAGUAUAUUAGGCUGAUUUGUUCUUUUCAGGAUUAUGGGCAUUUUAUCUGUCUUUUAAUUUGUGAAACAUGCACUGUGACUGGCUGUUCUCAUAAAAAACAAAAUGUUUACCUUUAAUGGAUAUGUGCUAGAUGGAUGACACAUUCCGUUAACAAGCAUAUGAUUCACAGUUUUCAGACUGAAGACAAAAAUCCACUGUAUGUAGGUGCAAAUGUCCCCAGACACAUUAUCUUGAAUAACCCUAAGAAGAGAAAUGCUUUGUCACUCUCUAUGCUGAAGUGUCUCCGUGAUGAUAUUCUGCAUGAUAUGGAAAGCAAAGCUCUCAGAGUUAUCAUCAUUUCAGCUGAAGGACCUGUGUUUUCUGCUGGCCACGAUUUAAAGGAAUUGUCUUUUGAACAGGACACCAAGUACCUCAGAGACGUAUUUGAGACCUGUGCUGAGGUCAUGACUCUGCUCCAGAAGCUCCCUGUACCAGUGAUUGCCAAAGUAAAUGGCUUGGCUACAGCAGCAGGCUGCCAGCUGGUGGCAAGCUGUGACAUUGCAGUAGCAAGUGAGAAAUCCAGGUUUGCUACACCCGGAGUCAACAUCGGGCUAUUCUGCUCCACACCAGCUGUGGCCGUAGGGAGAGCCCUUCCUAGAAAGGUUGCAUUAGAGAUGCUGUUCACAGGAGAGCCUAUUUCUGCCCAUGAUGCUUUGCUGCAUGGACUUCUCAGCCGGGUGGUACCAGAAGACAAGCUGGAAGAGGAGACCAUGAAAAUUGCAUGCAAAAUAUGUGAAACCAGCAGGUCUGUUGUGGCACUGGGGAAAGCCACCUUUUACAGACAGAUGGCUCUGGACCUUGAUGCUGCCUACAGAAUGACCUCACAGAUCAUGGUGGACAAUCUAACCCUGAAGGAUGGACAAGAGGGAAUAGAGGCCUUUAUUCAGAAACGCAAGCCUGUCUGGUCACAUACCGUGGACAGAGCUUGCAAAUGAGUUCAAGGAAAAUUCAUCUAAUUUCUAUGCUCAAGCUUACCUAAUCCAUACCACUGUCUUCUCUAUGAAAAUCCCAGGGAGUGUGUUUUUGGUGUAACCCUUGGGAGGAGGAUAGCCGUGGGUGAUGGUGAUGAGGAAGAUAAUGGCUAACAUUUCAGGUUGUUCUUCAAGGGAUACCAACAAUCAUAUUACAAGGUUUCUGAGCACACCAUUAAAUGAAGUAAAUCAAAUUUAAUCAGCCUUUUCGGAAUGCAGACUCAGGUCAGCACUUUCAGAAGGGCUCAGUUCUACCUGGUGCUAUAAUCAUUGUAACAUAUUCCUGGCUACUUGGUAUUUCACAGACAUUGUGGGGACAGAGCUUAGCUCCUCCUAUUCUGAAAGAAUAGGCCCCCUACUCCUUGAGCCAAGUGAGAAUCUCCAUUAGUUAUUAAGGGAGAGCCUAUGACACACAGCUAAAGGAUUUAGAUUCAUCCUAGCGGGGGGAAUUGUACAUGUACACAUAUAGAGUUAAUUACAGUAUGAAUUUAUAGUUAUGAUCUAUACAGAAGCCAGCUAGAGUCCUUUCUAUAGGUAGUUCUGUACCAGCAAAGUCAUUAAUCGAUUUCCCUCAGCCAAUGUAUAAUUAUUUCCUUCAGUUCAUCUUCUAGUGCCUUGUCUGUUCUAGUUUUACAUAAAUAUCACAGUCAUGGAAUUGGCACCGUUUGAGUUCAUAAAAUUAAGAUUUGCUCUAUAA